AAAAAAAAAAGAUGAACAAAUCAAACUUCUUUAUAUUUUUAUCAAUUUUACUGAUCCAAAUAUAAACAUCAACAAUUGCUAAAUACGAAUACAUCCCUCGUGUAACCUUACCUCGUUAAAAAGCUCCAUAUUUUUCCGCGAUGGCCGUAACCCCUGAAGGAAAAUUUGAAGUAAGAUCUUUAGAUUAAUACGAAGGUUAAUAUUUAAUAAUAGUGUUUUAUCCUUUUGAUUUUACAUAUGUAUGUCCUACAGAAUUAGUUGCCUUUUCAGAUGCAGUUGAUUAAUUUAUGGCUAUUGGUGCUAAAAUAAUUGCGAUUUCUACAGACUCUCAUUUCACACAUUUGGCUUGGACAAAAACUCCAAGAAAUUAAGGUGGUGUAGGAAAGUUGAAUAUCCCCCUCUUGGCUGAUAUUUCGAAGAGAAUUUCUAAAGCCUAUGGGGUUUUGGUAGAAGAUGAAAUGGAUGAAUUAUAUGGAGCAGCACUUAGAGGUUUAUUUAUUAUUGAUGGAAAAAGAACUAUAAGAACUGUAUAAAUUAAUGACGCACCUGUGGGAAGAAGUGUAGAGGAAACUUUGAGACUUAUUAAAGCCUUCUAACAUACUGAUAAGUUUGGAGAUGUUUGUCCUGCUGGGUGGUAACCUGGGGAUUCUACUAUUGUACCGGAUUAAAAUUAAAAAGUUGAGUACUUUUAGAAAGUUGAAGAAAAUAAAAAUAAAAGUGCUAAAGGAGAUUUGUGAAAAGGAAUUUUUUCUUUAGGAAUAUAUUUUAGUUAAUAUAUUAAUUAUAUUGAUUUUUCAAAAUUAAAAAAAUUAUUUAUAAUAUUAAUCUAAUACUUAUUUUUUAAAAAUAUAUAUAAUCAAAUUUUUUAUAUUUUAAAAUUUGAUGGAAAUUUAUUAUUAUUAAAAUAU